CUGACUGUGGCUGAUAUUGACAACAGUGUGACAUCUGGAGAAUGUAAACAAAACGUUUGUGAGAGUUUUCCACGAUUUUCCAGGAAUGCACCCCAAUUGGAAAGCAUUGGCCACAGUGGAUUUUAAGCGGAAAAUCUUUGUGAGAGAAAGUGAACCUUCAACGUCAAAACAUGAAGAGAAAACAGAGAAAACUCGGGAGAUAAACUGCGAAUACACAGGUUCAGAAGUGAAGGAGUUUUAUGAGGCAGUCACACAGGAAGUAGAGAAGAAGGAUAAGGAGAUAGAGAAACUUCCUAAAAGGAAGAAAGUAAGGCAAUUAGUGCAAAAGCCAUUCAAUAGAAAUGUGUUCUUCAGGGCUGCUGUGAAUAAUGACACAAAAAUCCUAAGGGAAAUGGAUUUCCAUAAAUAUGUGGAGACUGUGGAUGAUUUCGGAUGGACAGCACUUAUGAUGGCUGCUUGUGAAGGCGCUGAGGAUAGUUUUGCUCUUCUGCUGGAGGCAGGAGCCUCUGUAAAUGCUUGUGAUGGUCACGGGAACUCUGUCGAGAGUCUGGCUAGAAAAAAAGGCCAUAACAGCAUUUUGCAAAUAGUUCAGGAGAUAUCUAAUCCUCAGGCAGUUCAAGAAGACACUGCAUUGGAGAUUUCUCCACAUUUUUGUGAAAUUUGCCGUCUGGAAUUCAAGGAAACAUCAAGAGAAGAGCACGAAACCUCAACUCUGCAUCAAUUCAACCGGAAGAGUUCGAUUUCCUAUCAGCAGCGCUUCCCUGUAUCAGACUCUAAUCGCGGAUGCCGAAUCAUGCUGAAGCAGGGAUGGAAUAAGAAGGACGGACUGGGGCCAACGGGCAGUGGAAGACUGUUUCCAGUGAAGACUGUCCUCAGGAGAGGCAGAACUGGUUUUGGAAUUGAACAGAGUCCGGCAAGAGUAACGCACUUUGGUGCUAGAGACCCGGAUGCUGUGGCCAGGAGACACCGGCCAGUGCGUGAACGCAGCAGGAAGGAUAUCCAGAGGGAAUUUACGAACGAAAAGGCGCGAGAGAGGCGGUUCCGUCAGCAGCUUUCAUGAUAUCUCUAUUGUUUCAGUCGCG